ACUGCACGAGUUGCGCAAUGAGCAGGAAUGUGCGGAGCUGGAAAUGGGAAAAAAAAAGUGUGGAGGAGGAGAGUGAAGUGAUUCAACGCUUUAUCUUCCGCUUGACUUUCAUAUGUUAGGAGGAGAGGUGUUCAUUUUAGUCCUUCACCUCCACCACCUCCACCUCCACCUUCUCCUCGUUGUCACUCGAGCCCCGCCUCGGGCCAGCAGCAGCGGGGAGCACACCUGGACCAGCGUCCGAGCGGCCGCAGCAGCAGGUAAAAAGGUGAGGAAGAGCUCGGUGUCAAUUACGGCGUGUGAAGAAGACACCGACUGGGCGGAGGAGGUGGCGGUUGUGGUCGGAGGCUCUCUCUGGCUGUGAAAAAGGUAAACAGGCAGCAUGGGUGAGGCACCAGUCAGAGAAGAUGGUACAGUGACUCGAUCAGCUGAGUAUGUCGGCUCAUUUCCUGUGGAUGAUCACUGUUUGGAUGACCAGAUAAAGCAACUGCACACACAGCUGAAAUCCCUCAGAACAUGCAAAAGAAGGAGGCCUGUAUCCAUAAAGUUUUCCAUCAAAGGAGUGAAAGUGUAUGAUGAGGAUGAAACAACGCUCCUGAUGGCUCAUGCCCUACGUAGAGUCUCUCUGUCCACAGCCCGGCCCGUCGAUGCCCAGUUUGCAUUCGUCUCCCACAACCCAGGCAACACUGACGCCCAGCUGUACUGCCAUGUGUUUAAAGCUAGGCAUUCCAGAGCGGCACAGUUCCUGAACCUGCUGCUUUGUCGCUGUUUCCAGCUGUCUUACUUAGAGAAACACCCAGAGGAGGCUCAGGAAGACUCAGCCGGCCCAAUGCCUCGUCGCAACCCCUCCCUGCUAAACCACGGCUUCCCUCUUAGUGUCAGCGCCCUGGUGUCUUUCAGAAGAGCCCCUUUCCGAGGGUUCUUACCAGGGACUAAGAAGAAAGACCACAAGUCUUCUGAAGAGCUCCAGAGCAGCCAAGAUGAAGUCUUCCCUACCUCCUCCCCAUCCCUGACACGAAAGAAAGCCAUCCGUACUAAAUUACUGCGCUCUGGAGCUUACCGCUCCUUCACGUUCACACCACUCAAACAGCGAAGUGUUCAGGAGCAACUGAGUGGGUCACAAGCAGAAAAGGGCAACGACAAACCGGUGGAGAGGAGAUCCCGUUCCCCGAGCUUGGCCGAAACCGAAGAAGCACUGGCUCAAGCGGUGUGGUGCUGGGCUGGUAUCGCAACUGACAGCAGCUAUUCCCUGCUUGCAGACGAUGUUCUGGGAUCGUACCUCUUGUGUCCACAUCCUAAAAAAUCCAAAUGUGGCUCUCUCAUCAUUCGCUUCCCCAGUGGUCUGGUCACCCACCUCAUAGAAAACACUCGGAAAGGAAAAUUCCUGCUGGAGAAAUGCAAGGAUGAAUUCAGCUCCAUAGCAGAACUAAUUGAACACUACACGGAGGUUCAGGAUAAGCUGCCGUGUCUGCUGAGCUGUGCCAGGGUGAACCACUGUUACGAGUGGGAGGAAAAUACCAGCAAACAGCAGGCUGUAAAGCCACACAAGAGCCUGACCAAAGCCAAACAUAGUACCCACAGAAAGGCAUGGGUUUAAACCACGGACACUGAAACUUGUGGACUGCCAACCUCCAAUAUAAGUGACACUUUUUUCUUUCUUUUUUUUUUUUUCCCUUUGCACAUAUAUCAUCUCUUACUUUUAAAUCACAUGUGGUGUUGUGGGAAGGUUUUUACAAACUAUAUAACACAAUGCACCUGCUAAUAGUGUUGGCACUUAAUGUAUAUAGUAUACAAGUCAUUUCAUCAAAGGGUACGUACAUGUCAAUGGUGUUGUGUUUGUGCUUGCUGCUUUUAUGUUUUUUAAUAUAUUUUUUUAAGUGUAUUUUUAUUUGGUCCUAUAAGGCAUCAGACGAGUUUUAGUGUUUUUAAGAGAUAAAAAUGUGAAACAGGAGUGGAAUUGAUCGUGUAGCUUGUUGCACCAGUUGGCAAAGCCAUAACUGUUCUGUUUUUAGUGCAUUGUAAAGAGCUGCACAAAUAUAACUCACAUUUUAUCGUUUCAUUUCAAUGUAUUCUUGAUUACACUGUUCUUAGUGUGUUUCGACCUGGAGCAUGUGUAAUACUUCCCAAUGAUCUCUCCUGGUAUAAGGAAAUAUGACCAUGACAACAAUUGUUUUCUGUAUCUUGCCUGCUCAAUGUAUUAGUAUGCAUAUAUCAGGGAAAAGGUUGUCUGUGUCUUUAGGUCUGUGUGCAGUCAUACUAAAUGUUAUGUUUGUUUUACUUGUAAUUUUAAGAGUUUGUGUGCACUUACAUUGUGAUAUUGUUUUUCCUGUCCAAGAUGCUGCAUUACAACUAAGUACUUAAUUUGCACACUUGUACCAUCUUUUCUGUAUUUCAUCAACAAACAAUUUUCAUGUUUUUCACCUGUUUGAGAUUAAAUGACAGGUCGUCUGUGUUCAACCUA